AUCAAAGUGCCUCUUCCAGCUGAUAGGGGGCGCUAGAGGUUUAGUUUCAUAUAAGACACGGAAGCACAUAAUAGCGUAAAAGCACGCAGUGACGCAGCGAGGCAGAUAUGGUUGUGCAAAUAAAAGUCGAAUACUGUGGUGGAUGAGGGUACGAGCCCCGCUUUCAGGAGCUCAAGCAGGUCGUCACUGCUGAGUUCACUGAUGCGGAUGUGAGUGGCUUCGUUGGCCGCCAAGGGAGCUUUGAGAUCGAGAUCAAUGGAAAACUGAUUUUCUCAAAGCUGGAAACCAGUGGCUUCCCCUAUGAGGAUGAUAUUAUGGAUGCUAUCCAAAGAGCCUACGAUGGCCAGCCGGUGGAGAAGAUCACCAAGAGCCAGCCUCCUUGUGUCAUCCUCUAAAGUUUCACCUCUUAACCCUUCACUUUUGGCUCUCAAGACACCUGAAUCACUCCUUGCAGACGUCUAAAAUGUCAACAUUUUCAACGGUUCUGUUUUAAAAGCAAAACAUAAGCAUCUAGAGAGAGUGUUUUGGUGCAGGAUCCUUAAAUGUCCCCUUCUCUUCACUCCUCCUUUCUGGGUGCUGGACAUAAAUGAUUAUCGUAACUCUAAAGCAAGCAGUUAUGGUAUGAGGCCUGCAGUCUGUGCAUCCUUUAAGCAAGAGGAGAAAGAUGAGGGGACAGUGAGGAGGAGGCCACUGGAAGGGUUAAAGGGAUAGUUCACCCAAAAAUGGAAAUUCUGUCAUCUAUUCACCCUCAUGUUGUUCCAAACCUGUUUGAGUUUCUUUCUUCUGUUAGACACACAAGAUAUUUUGAAGAAUGUUGGUAACCAGACAGUUGAUGGACCCCAGUGACUUCCAGAGUAUAUUAUUUUUUCCUCCUAAGGAAGUCAAUGGCUGCCGUCUACUGUUUGCUUACCAACAUUCUUCAAAAUAUCAUCUUUUGUCUUCAGCAGAAGAAAGAAACUCAAACAGGUUUGGAAAAAUUUAAUUUUUGGGUGAACUAUCUCCCCCCUUUUUUUUUUUUUUUUUUUUUUUUUUUUUUUUUGUUUUGUUUUGUUAAAGCCACAUUGCCUACUGGAGUCACUGUUCAUCUGCUUUUUUUUUUUUUUUUUUUUUUUUUUUUAGUUUUGGAUGGUUUAAAAAUGUGUAAUGUGUGAUGUACUAAUGCAUUAAAAUCAUUGCUGUAAGAAGGGAAUGCCUAAAGCUCGGGUCAACCACAUUUUUGGGUGUAUGAGUGCAUAAAUUGUCAUUUUGCAAGUGUCCCUUAAUGGUGUCCAUCCCAUAUCAGCAUGAAGAGAUCUCAAAUACAUGAAUUUAAUAUUGGUGAGUACUUGAAAUGUUUGUUUAAAGUACUGUAGGCUGUAUAUUAGACCAAUUUUUCUUGGUGUCAAAGCUCAGGUGAUUGCCUCUUGCAAGCAUUUUGUGCAGUAGUUGUUUUUUUUAUUAUUAUUAAUGUAGUGUUAUAGAAUUCAUUGUCUUUAAAUUAAACCAAAUAGCUGCUUUAAGGGCAUUUAUAUGACCUGUAGAGACUGCUGCAUGAUGACCAUGUUGUUUUUGUUUUGUGUUUUUUAGAAACUACUGAACAUCAGUUUAUGACACACUGUACAUGUACGGUUGAUUAAUAACAAAUUGAGCUCUCAUCCGG